AGAUGCUGAAUUUCAUGGGCUUACGCAUUUUCUCAAUUCAGCUCAGAGUACGGCUAGUUUUGCGAAAAAUUAAAUAAUUACAAUUACCGGAACCGAUUACUGAUUAGAAAACUACUCAAGAGGCUGCCCUUUACAUUCUUUUGUUCAUUUAAUUAAGAGUUAAUUUAUACAGAAUUUCGCCGGAAUCGAUCUCUGAUGCUCAAUGUUGAACAAAAACCCGAAAAGUUGGAUCAUCUGCUCAUUAAAAUCGCCAUACGUCUUAGAGACAGCUGAAUAGUCCGUUUUGCGAAGCUUGGUCGUAAUGGAAGACUUCUUGAACGUUUUAGGUUGGUUAUUUUCAAUCGUAACGGUAGUAGGAAAUAGUUUUGUAGUCCUACUUAUUGCGAAAAAUCACCGGCUACAUUCCUCAGCCAACUUGUUCGUCCUUUCCUUGGCAGUGGCUGACUUUGGUGUCGGAAUCGCCGUUUUUCCAUCGAGUUAUUUUUGUAAUUACUCAAUGGCGUGUAACUUGAGGGUUUACAUGGCAUUCUUCUGGUUCUUCCUCCACUCUUCAGUCACAAAUCUUUGCUCCUUGACUUGGGAUCGUUACAUCGCCAUCGUUCACCCUUUCAAGUACAACACCUCCAUGACUGAGAGACGCCCUGGAAUGAUUAUCUUGGCCGCUUGGUUGAUUCCCUUCGCGAUCUCUCUGUUGCUUUUGGUGGGAAUGCACGCCACAAAAUCUCACACUGUGUUGAAAUUUUUACGAAUAGACGGGGUGUCAGCCUUUGACUUAAUAUCCUGUGCGCUGCUCUUCUGCGGUGUUGUUCGAAUCCUAGUUGUUGCGCGUGCGCAGUCACGGCAAGUGUCUGCAAUAGAACUUCAAGUUCAGCGGUCUACUAGUAGCCACGCAUGCAACCAAUCUACUGCGACAGAACCUGCCACUUCACGCAGACGUAAGAAGCACAAUACAGCUUCCUUCGUAAUUGCUAUGGUCAUGUUCUUCCUGGGAUGCUACGUGGUGGUAAAUUACUUAGUUUUGUGCCUUGCUUUCUCUUGUCAUCAAGUGUCUGAUGACACUGCCCAGGUUGUUAUUUGUCUCUUAGUUUUGAACUCUACAGUGAAUCCUUUGGUUUACGCGCUACUGAAGAACGAUAUUAAGAUGGAAAUAAGCAAGCUUAUUUGGGGGAGCAACAACCUUCUGGAGAGGUCCUUUAUACGGGAACUAAAAUUUCCAUUCUCGUUAUUUUACUGUCAUGUUUCCACUUAUAUGCCCAUUACUUUCGUUGUAUUUUUCACUUAUUUUACUCCAAAGGUCCUGUCUGAUUUUCGAUCAAGAUAAUUGAUACUCGGAGCAUUUCGCAGUGAAAACUCCUGCCAUCGGUAGACUGGUAGAAAAAUUUGCUUAUAUUUUUAAGGUUUUAUUGUCCAGCAUUUUCGGGUGUACCAAGAUAAGACACUACGGGGAGAGCCCAUUGUAAAUUCUGAUAUUCUCGGAAGAUUAAGAACUCUAGGCUAGAACUUAAGUCUUGUUUCAGUUGUCAAAAAACUACUAAGGAAGGAGUUGGUUUAUUCCGAGUUCCAGCAUGCAAUAAUGUGGACCAGCUCCACAAGUGUAACAACUAUGGUCAAUUGCUUCUCUCUAGACACUACCAUGAUACCUUAGAUUUUAGUGAGCUUUCCGUUUUAAGCAUAAUGAUAUCGAUCGUACCAUGUUUUGACUAAAUAACAGAAAUUGGAAACUUUACGGGAGACUUCUACCUCAUAAAAACGUUCCUUUAAGUGCUUACAUUUUCGCUCAUUUACGGUUUACUUCUUAAAUAAAUUCAUCGUUUGCGUCAAUUUUCUCGAUACCUGUCGCCUAGCGACUUGAGAGCCAUUCAUUUCCAAGUUAUUUUGCCCUCUACAUAAAGGAAAAUUAAGACAAACUGCCCUCCGUCUCAACCAAUGAAAAAUCAGUAUUUUUGCCCCCUAUGUUGUACGUGAUAUAAACCUUAAAUACCUUCAUCAAAAUUAUCAGUUCUCGUUGGCUUUCUAAGCACGUAUUUAUCACGUUAUUUGUGUACGAUGACGUAUCUCGUAGGUGUUUGCAGUGUCACGCCAUCAAAAAGAAAAAUCGUAACCAUUAAAUGAAUUAAGUCAAGAAGCUGGUAUAUGAAAGAUGAUUGAUAUAUAGACAACCUAGCCAAGAAUUAGGUCUAUGCGGAUUUUCAUUCGCGCGUUAUUCGGAAAAGUGUUUCAAUCAAAUUUAUAUAGCUUUGUACGGAGUCGCCAUGUUUGUGCCCCUCGGAGGGACAAACACGGCGGCCAUAACUUAACGGAAACAUCUGCCAGCACGAGGCUCUGGGGAAUAAACCCAACAAACUCUGCAGUUAUUCCCUAGAGCCUGGCACUGAGGUCUAUAGUUUUAGGCUGAAUUUUAAGAUAUCGAAAUUAGCCUAUUACGCGUAUCCAACAACUUUUUGUAAUUUGAUACCUGUACGACUUCUACGCCAUUCGUACACAAUUACGUGCCUUUUAUAGCUUUCUUGUUAAUUUUUCUCUACUGUUUGUUACCUUAAUUUAACAUGGGAAAAUUCAACUAACAAUAAUUAUCGCUGCAUGCGUUAAUGUAUAUCGCUCUUUGUAAAAGCGCACUUUCAAAUAACAAUUGGUGACAAAUAAAUGUCAUAUUGACCAGAUAUUGCACUCUACUAGUUAACG